UCAAGUAAUUUUAUUAUCGUGUGUUGAGAGUUACGGGUGGAUCGACGUGACGUCACGUGACCGUGAUCGGGUCGCAAUAAUCAUGGCGACGUUAACAAUGCUCGCUAGGCUCGUGUCAUUUCGCCCUGCUCACGCCAAAUUGCUCGAGUUACCAUGGUCCAGGUGCGAUGCGUUUCCUUAUGGUAAAACUGCAAUGGCCUGCAUAUGCUCUGAUCAAACAUUCAUGUACGACCUGCUCGUUAUUGGUGGUGGAUCCGGUGGUUUAGCAGCAGCUAAAGAAGCAGUGGAUCUAGGUGCAAAAGUUGCAGUUUUUGAUUAUGUUACACCAUCUCCUCAAGGUUCCACUUGGGGUUUGGGUGGCACUUGCGUAAAUGUUGGUUGUAUACCAAAGAAAUUGAUGCAUCAAGCUGCUUUGCUAGGAGAAGCUGUCCAUGAAUCUACGUUCUAUGGUUGGCAAUUGCCAGAUCCGAAAACUAUUCAACACGAUUGGGAGGAAUUGAGAACCGCUGUACAAAAUCAUAUAAAAUCUGUGAAUUGGACCACGCGUGUAGAUCUUAGAACAAAAAAAGUUGAAUAUAUCAAUGCGGAAGCAUACUUUAAGGAUGAACACACGCUGUGUGGAAAAAUGAAGAAUGGAGAACAAAAGACGUAUACAGCUAAAAAUAUUUUGAUUGCUGUAGGUGGUAGACCAAAAUACCCCGACAUUCCUGGUGCUUUGAAACAUGGUAUAACCAGCGAUGAUAUUUUUAGUUUAAAGAAAGCACCAGGAAAAACGCUUGUCGUUGGCGCAGGAUACAUUGGCUUGGAGUGUGCUGGAUUCUUGAAUGGUUUAGGCUACGAUGCAACAAUAAUGGUUCGUUCCAUCAUUUUGCGAGGAUUCGAUCAACAAAUGGCAAACAUUGUUGCCCAGGAAAUGGAAAGACGCGGUGUACACUUCAUCUAUCAAGCUAAGCCGUCGAAAAUUGAAAAACAAAGCGACGACCGGCUUCUCGUAUAUUGGGUCGAUAAAGACGGACAGACCCAUCAAGAUGUCUUCGACACUGUUCUUUUUGCUAUUGGUCGUAAAGCGCUCACAGCAGAAUUAAAGCCCGAGAACGCUAAUUUAAAAGUUGUUCCUGAUUCUGGAAAAAUUGACGCGGUAGACGAACAAACGAAUGUUCCACAUAUAUACGCUGUCGGCGAUGUGCUUCAUAAAAAACCAGAGUUAACACCUGUUGCUAUACAUGCUGGACGAUUGUUGGCAAGAAGAUUGUUUGGAAACUCAACGCAACAAAUGGAUUACACGAACGUAGCGACGACAGUGUUCAGUCCUUUAGAAUAUGGCUGUGUCGGUCUCAGCGAGGAGGCUGCGAUUGCUAUUCACGGAGACGAUAAGAUAGAUGUGUACCAUAUGUAUUAUAAACCCACGGAAUUUUUUGUACCGCAGAAGGAUGUUUCUAAUUGUUAUCUGAAAGUUGUUGCUUUUAAAGGCGGUGAUGAAAGAGUGCUUGGCAUGCACUUCGUCGGUCCACAUGCUGGUGAAGUCAUCCAAGGCUUCGCGGCUGCUAUGAAGUGCAAUUUAACAUUCCCAAAACUUAAAGACACAGUUGGCAUCCACCCAACAGUCGCAGAAGAGUUCACACGAGUGUCCAUAACUAAACGUUCCGGGCUCGAUCCUAAGCCAACGAGUUGCUGUAGCUAAAGGGCACGUAAUUUUGAAACUCGUUAAAUUACUGAUACUUGUGAAUAUUAUAAAAGUGCGAUCGAUACUAAACGUUUUACGUGCUUGCGCGUGACUAUUCGCCUCGAAGCUAAUUUAUUGAAAGAGGUUUUCAAUCGAAAAUAUUUUUUACCAAGUGCAUAUAGGAGGAUUAUUAGGAUAUUACAGUAUUUUGAACAAAACGUUGUAAAGCAAUUUACGACGCAUCCCAUCGAAAAUGAUAUUUGCUUCCUACGAAGCACGUUAUCGACAUGAAUUGAAUUUGCAUGUUGUACUUAUAGCGAUUUUUAUAAAUAUAAUUUUUGCAGGUACAAUAUAUAUUAUGUAUACAUUCGAAUGGAAAUAAAUAACACUGAGCAUAUUUAUAAGAUGGUCACAAAUUAU